UCACUCCUUCUGGAUUUUUCCUCCUCACUCUUCCUCUUUCCUGAAGUGGCAGAAAGUUCUGGAAAAGUGAAAAAGGCGGUGCUUGUGUACAGAUAAGGGUCUAUAUUCUCCCAGGAAGAGGCAGAGAAAGAGAAGGUCUUUGAGAGAGUGUGACAACUGUGAUACUUUUGCUUCCACAAGACCAGCAUGGCUCUUCUAUGUUACAACAGAGGCUGCGGAAACCGGUAUGAUGAGGCCCAGAACGCAGACGAUGCCUGUCUCUAUCACCCAGGGGUGCCUAUCUUCCAUGAUGCGCUAAAGGGUUGGUCAUGCUGCAAGAAGAGGACCACUGACUUUUCCGAGUUCCUGUCAAUCAAGGGGUGCACCCAUGGACUGCAUAGCAACCAGAAACCCGAAGAGCCCCUGCGGCCGGAGGUGACUUCAGACAAGGGGAACCUACAGCACAGCACAGGAGAGGAGGUCAUCUACCAGGGUCCCAAGUCUGCAGAGGCCCUGGAGAAGGAGAGGCCCAGCUCAGAUGAGCCCAAGUCCAAACUGCAAAUGAAGGUAUCCCCCUCCCUGGCGCAGGUGCUAGAGAAACUCGACAUCAGCAACAAAGAGGAAGCAAAAAAGAAAGAGAGUCAGGCUGUUAUGCUUGGGACGAAGUGCAAGAACGCAGGCUGCAAAACACUGUACCAGGGCCCAGAGACAAACGCAGAGACCUGCAUUCAUCACCCGGGAGUCCCUGUGUUUCAUGAAGGGUAUAAGUACUGGAGCUGCUGCUGCAUACAGACCAUUGACUUCAACGCCUUCCUGGACCAGAAGGGCUGCACCACGGGCAAGCACCUCUGGGUCCCCAAACAGGACAAGAAGAAGGUGGCAUGCCGGCAUGACUGGCACCAGACCGGUAACCAGGUGGUGGUCACCCUGUACGCCAAGAACGCCAGCCCCGAGCAGUCCACCAUCGAGGCCAAUCGCACUGUGUUGUCGAUUCGUUUGCAGUUUGAGAACGAUAAGGUUUUCCACAGGGACUUCCACCUCUGGGGGGUAGUGGACGUGCCCCACAGCUUCGUCAGCAUGGUGCCGUCCAAGGUGGAGGUGACCCUGCGGAAGGCUGAUGCGGUGGCCUGGGGGAAGCUGGAGGACCCCCGCUUCAAGCCAGAGCCACAGCCCGAGACCCUGGAGGACAGCGUCUUCGAGACGCAGGACACGCAGGACACGCAGCCCGACUGGGACAUCGACGACGACGACAUCAGCGAGUCCGACGACGAGGACUUGUUGCCCCCACCCGAGGAGACAGCCCCGUCCGAGGAGUUGCCCCCACUCAAUUGAAGAGCCAACCGUCGCCGCUGGGUGGUGUCGUCCCUGCCAUAGGGAAUGCUAGCAUUUUUAUGAAUGUUUUAAUUUAUAUGACUUUGUUACAGUGAGGCACAUCUAUACAUAGCUAUAUGAAGAGGAGAAGGACCCUGUUCAUUAGCUUGCAUACUAUUAGACUGACUAUGAAUUAGUUACAGCGAGACAGAAUCUUAUGAUGAUGCAGGACAGAUGCACAAACUGCCCCAUCCCAGUGCAAUUAAUUACUGAGAUUGCCAACAAGUAUGGCUUGAUGCAGAAACCGAUAUGUCACAAGUACACACAGCAGAGCUGUAAAUUUCUAUAAUCCUGUGGGAGAUAAGCUAUUCAUUCUUGCCU